CGUUUGGCACAAGCUGCAUACACACAGCGGAUGUAGCGCUUGGCGUGAGAAAAGUAGGCUAAAUCGUGCUUAGAAAUUACUGCAAAACACCUGAAUUGUGCGCUGGAAAGUGAUUUGAGGGAAAGAUAAGAGAACUAAGGGAUUCAUGGUAAUCCUAUUGAAACGUUCCUGAAUUUCUAUCCUGUAAUGCAUUCACCCAAACGUUUGCCGAACCACACCGAAAUGGGCGAAAAACUGUCCCCCUCACCGUCGGCACCAGCCGUCGAUACGUCCUCACCCAAGCACAACGCCGAAACAGCGGCCAAAGAAAGGCCGAAAAAGCGCCGCAACAGCAAGGAAGAGAAGCAUGUCGCGGCUACCGAUGCGUCAUCGCCGAAGCACAACGCCAAAGGAACAGAUGCAGCGUCCAAAGAAAAGCCGAAACAGCGCCGCAACAGCAAGGAAGAGAAGCAAUCCCUCGCACAGCCCGGCCAGCUAGCAAAACGCAAAUCCAUCCUCAUGGCGUACGCCCUCUGGCUGGUCGGUGGUGUGUUCGGGGUGCAUCACUUCUAUCUGCGGCAGGAUCGGCGUGCCUUCGUCUGGUGGUGUACGUUCGGGUAUGCCGGCAUCGGCUGGCUGGCGGACGUGCUGCAGAUCCCGUCGAUGGUGCGCGAUGUCAACAACGAUCCACGGUUUGUGGAGGAGUUCAAUGCAAAGCUGCGCACGAACCGGAAGCCCCCGUUUUCCACCGGCCGGUUUCUGCUGGCGAUCAUGAUCGGCUACUUUUGGGGCCAGCUGAUCAGCCUGGCGAUCCCGCAGACCGAGUUUGUCGGCAUCGAUUGGGGCUUUCUUCACUGGCUGAUUCCGUUCGGUGUGGCGUUGGGUGUCUGGACGGUGGGCAAUACGGGGCGUGAGAAGGGUGUCCUGUGGCACUGUCUGGUAGCGUCGUACGUAUCCUAUCUUUCGCGCUACUUCAUCAUGGAGGAAGAGUACUGGUUCACGAUAAUGUCGUUCUGCAGCGCGCUCGCGUUCGACAACCUCUCCAAGGAGUGGAACCUGGAGGUGCCCAAGAAAAAACGACUUGUACGACGACUGGCAGUGCUGGGUACGGCAGCAGUUAUCUAUCUGGCCCUGUGGGGCUGCUUCCUCUACUUCAACGGUACGAUCACGGACAGCGAGGGUGACGAGGUCCCAGUGCACGAGGCACUGUACAACUUCCUCAAAUCACCGUGGUGGACGGACCUGAAGCAGACGCUGCACGACACUUACCAGUUUGCGAAGCAUCACGGCUGGGCCGAGGUUUGGAAACAAAUCGUCGACUCGAUGGAUGUGGACGGCGAGCAGAACGCGUACAAGGUGCUGGGCAUUAGUGCGACCGCUUCGCAGGUGGAAAUCAAAACGCUCUGCCGCAACCUGUCGAAGGAAACGCACCCGGACAAGGUGAAGGACAAGAGCCGGCUCCGGGCGGCCGAGGAACGGUUCAUGGAGAUACAGCAGGCGUGCGAGGCGCUCAGCAAGACGCGCCGGAAGCGCCGCCAGCGCAACAAAAAGUCCGAUGAACUGUAAAAGAAGGAGAACGAGAGAGAGAGAAGAAGGUUUAGCGAAGUUGAUCAGUUUCAGAGAUGUACUUAGGCAGGUAAAAGAAGAAUGGUAGAGUAGAAUUAAUUUUAACCUCACCCUGUUACGUAGAAUGUGUCCGAACCGAAGAAUAAAAGGAAUAUCUUAUUUAUGGA